AUGGCCGCCGCGACCGCGGAGGGCGGCGGGGCCGCGCCUGGGCGGGGCGGCGGGCCGACGCCGCUCUCGGUGGUGCGCGCGGGCAUCGGCCUGGCCACGGACCUGUACGACCUCACGGUGCUGAACGCGCUCGCGUUCGGCUGCGCAGCCGACGCGGUCGGGCGGCGGCCAGCGUUCCUCGCCAGCGCUGCGCUGCUCUGCCUCGGCGCGGCGGGGAGCGCCACCGCCGGGGCGGUGGGCAGCCUGGGCCCGUACGAGGUGCUGCUGGCGUGGCGCCUGCUGCUGGGCGUCGGCAUCGGGGGCGAGUACCCGCUGAGCUGCGCGGUGACCGCGGAGGGUUCAGGUGUUGAGACCGUCUGGGCUACCGUGAGGGGGGCCCGCGUGUGCAGCGUGGACGUCUUGCGGGCGAUAUGGUUCCCGCUGCUCGGGACGACGUCCACGUACUUCCUCUACGACGUGGUCUCGUGGGGCGUCGGCAGCUACACGUCGUCAAUAUUCAAGUCUGACACGCGCGCUGGGACUCUCUGGUACAUGCUGCUGAUAAACGUUAUGGCAACGCCAGGCUUCAUCCUCACCAUGUGGAUGGGCAAAUAUGGGCGACGGACAUUCCAAAUGUGGGGUUUCUUCGGCAUGGCUGCGUGCAUGCUCACCGUCGGCUUGUCGUACGAACAUGCUCCCAUGCUGGUGCUGGUCCUCGUCUUCGGCCUGCAGAAGAUCUUCGACUCUGCAGGCCCUGGCGCCACCACUUUCAUCAUCCCUGGCGAGAUAUUUCCCACCUCGGUGCGCGCCACCUGUCACGGCGUCUCCGCGGCCGCGGGUAAGCUGGGGGCCUUCGCCGGGAUGUACCUCUUCCCGGUGGUUGAGAGCCGCGUGGGCUACCCGGCCAUGCUGCAGCUGGGGGGCGUCAUCUCGGAGGAGGGCCAGGCCGCGGUGUGCUCGGCCGGCCCCCCUCCGACCAUCAUGCUGGUCGGCAUGGCGGCCACCGCGGCACUGACGCCGCCCUACACCGCCAGGACGCUCCGGCGGCUGCGGGCGCUGGCCGACGCUGACGUGUCGCGGACCACCGAGGUGCUGUGGUCGGGCGUGUCGGCCGCGCCGGCGUGCCCGAGGGCAGGCUCGCGCUCGUCGGCGGGGUCGGAGGCCGAGCUGGCCUCGGCGGCGUCCUUCCGCGCGUAG